AUGCUGGUAGAACUAGGAAUCCAAUCUGUGGAAAUUUUGGGAGAUUCCAUGCUUGUUUUGAAACAGAUUGCGGGGGAAUACAAGUGCCUAAGUCAUUCUCUAGCCGUCUACUUGGUGGCAGCUAGGAAUCUUCUGACAGAAUUCAGAGAAGUUACUUGGGAGCAUAUCCCAAGGGAAGAAAACUUUGCAGCCAAUGAAUUGGCUCAGGUAGCAACAGGAAUACAAAUGCCUGAAGAUUGUGUACAAAGAAUCAUCAAGAUAGGGAAGAAAAGCCUACCAUCUGUUCUGACAAGGGGGAUGGAAAUAGAUGUCAAUUCUGCCGCAAUCACUGAAGAUGAUUGGAGAAAUCCUAUCAUGACUUACUUACGAUAUCCAACUCUGCCCUCUAAGAAGAGAGUCAGAAUCAUGGCUUUGAACUACCUUAUGUGGAAUGAAGAUUUGGUCCGAAAGAGUAAGGAUGAGGUACUUUUAAGGUGCCUCGGAAAGAAAGAAUACAUGAAAGUCAUGGGGGAAACUCAUGAAGGAAUCUGUGGAGCUCAUCAAGGUGGGAGGAAAAUGUGCUGGUUAAUUAGAAGGUAUGGCUACUUCUGGCCAACCAUGAUAAAAGAUUGUAUUAACUAUUCCAAGGGGUAUGAGUCUUGUCAAAGAUACGGCCCAAUCCAGCAGGCUCCUUCAGUUCCCAUGAAUCCAAUGGUAAAGUCAUGGCCCUUUAGAGGAUGGGCAAUGGACCUUAUUGGCAAGAUCUAUCCAGCCAGCAGCUAG